CAUUUUUGCUUGUCAUUUUUGAUUGAAAAUUACCUAACCACAAAAGUCAUAAAAUCAGGUUGACUAAGGCGUAAUUUUUCUUUCUUUUUUAAUUGGAAUAAAUACCUAUGAUUUUUAUUUGGGAAUUGAAUCCGAAUCGCCGAAGGUCAACAUAAUUUUAUUUAAUAGAGAUGACUGAUGAAAUUGCACAUAGCUGCGUCGCCAAUGGCGGCAAUUUGCCGGACGAUGAAGAAAUGGUUGCGUGCGAAACUUGUGCUCGUUGGUCGCAUUUCAACUGUGCUAAAUUUGUUCCUUCCUUGUACUGUACUGCAACUCCGUGGUACUGUCACAAGAAUGAAUGCGAGGAUGUUGCAAAAAAUCGAGAUAGGGAAGGGGAUAAAAGCAAACAAGUGGCUGCCAGUGAAAAAAACUCUGAUGAUUUCGAUGUUCUGAUUGAGGCAGCCAAGUUAGCUCAGACGACUCAACGAAAUCGAAUUACUUAAAGCUGAGAUGGACGUGCUUAAAUCAAAAUUGCAUACAGCAACGAAGGAGCCCCUAGUCAAGUUAAUUCUAGGCCUGUUGAAUUGACAAAACUCGCCAACGCUGGACUAGAAGCAGUUCGUCAGAUUGGUUGCAAGCAUAAGCAAAUUUUGGAAAAUUCGUCUCACGCUCAUUCAACUCCUCAUAAGGCUGACGAUCAUCUUGAACCAAGAAGUUCCGAUACAAGUUUAUGCCAGCAAUCAGAUAUGUCAAACUUGUUAACGAUUCUCACUCGUAAUCAGGUGCAAGAGUUGCCGUCGUUUUCGGGUCACGAUCACAAGGAGUGGCCUUAUUUUGAGUUAGUGUACAAGUCUACUACCGAAAAGGGAAGAUACAACAGCAGAGAGAACGUAGCGCGUCUUAGAAAGGCGCUGGUUGGUGAGCGAUCGGUUGCGUUACUAUACAUAUAAAUCUUCUCAAAUUGCCGGUGUUAAGUUCUGGAAGCGAUAUGAAGCUGCGCCAAUGGGCCGUGACAUUAAAUGGUUUCGUUGGUGAUAUCAACUCCAUGGAUCUUAGCAAAGAACUCAAUAACAAUUAUGUUCUCACUGAUGUGCCCGUCGUUGUAUCAUGAUUGGCAGAAACGAAAAAUAAAGAAUCCUGAUGCAAAUUUAGAAAAUUUUGCAGUGGUCAUUUCUGAUAAGUUGUUUGAUUUACCUCCAGAGUUAUCGAAGUCAUCGAAGCCACCAGGUAGAGACAAGGCAGUCAGUGCAGCUGUGUCAAAAAGAGUUUUGACUCACCAGUCAGUAUCCAACGCAAGUGUUUGUGUCAAGUGUGGCAAAUCUGUGCAUGUGCUGAGUGAUUGUGAAGCUUUCAAGGCGAUGAAAGUAGACGAGAGGUUCGAGUUUGCGAAAAACAAUGCCAUAUGUUUCAGAUGCCUAGAUCCAGUGCCACACAAGUGGAAUAGGUGUUCGCAAAGGAAGUUUUGUGGAAUUGAAGGCUGUUCAAAGCACCACCACCCUCUUUUGCAUCUGACUGCUCCAAGAUCAUCUAUAAAUUCAUCUGCUCCUGCGUUCACUCCACGUGCACAGAUUCACUCAUCACAUCUUGGAGUUAAGGCACCUGUGAUGUUCAAGGUUGUUCCGAUUCGACCAACGGCAGCUAUUUGGACACAUACAUAUGCCUUUUUAGAUGAUGGAUCCUCGAUUGAGAUGAUUGAACGAGAGGUUUAUGAAUACUUGAACCUGAAAGGUGAGCCCGAAUCUCUAGUACUGCACUGGACUAAGGGUGUUUCGAGAACAGAGCAGUCAAUACGAACAACUUUAGGUGUCUCAGCUGUGAAUAAGGUCAAACGAUUCACACUGAAGGAUAUAUACACAGUUAAUGGUUUAGAACUUCCUAGCCAGACCGUCAAUGUCAGCACUUUACAGAAAUCUUUUGCUCAUCUUAAAGAUUUGCCGUUAAUUGAACUGAAUAAUGCAAAACCGAAGAUUCUUUUGGGUUUAGACCAGGCUAGCAGAGGUCGACAAUGGACGAUGAACCAAGAGCUAUUAAGACACCCCUAGGUUGGGUUGUGUUUGGAACAACUGGUUUUUUCAAUUUCAAUUUUUUUGUUUUAUUGAACAUACUAUAUACAAUUGACUUAAGCUUAACUUAUUUCUAAUAAGAUACAUUGAUUGAUAUAAAAUUUGUUGGCACAUAUGGGGCCUAUCCUUAUACAA